GACUGCGUGUACACUGAUACGUGCGUCCCGGAGCUGCUGCGCACGAUGUACGCCAUCGCCACGGAAGACACCCAGGGUCCUCGUCGCCUUCCAGGGAACACAACCCCCGACGCCUCGCGGGCCUUCUGGGCGCUCGUCGAGGACUACUUCACCUUCCAGCGGGUGCCACUGCAGCGCAUCGACACGCGGUACCGGGACUCGGGCAUCAACCUCCUGGAGAUGAAGAAGCGCCCUUCCUUGUAA